AAUGAGUUGACCGCCAUAGACUUUCUCUCAAUUCCUGCUAUCAUCAUGGCAGCACGAUACAGCCAUCUAAAUCGACUAUUGUUAUUCACUCUUUUGUGUUGUCUUGCCUUGAACGUUGUUAGGGCUUCAGGUAAAGAUGCGGAGCCUUUGGUAGUGCGGGAAACAGACAUCCAUGAAUGUGCUCCUAUCCAACGUCUCAAUGCUCUCAAACUCGCAGCAGAGGAAAAGGAGUCUCCUGUAAUGCGUCAGGUCUUUGCCUGGCUGUUUCCUUUUGGUCCUGGAUGGAACUCAGUCCUCGGAACGUUCUACAUCAGCUCGGUCCCUAAUUUAAUUCUGGCCUUUAUACCUGCGGAAAUUAACGCUAAUACCUUAAAUACCAUGACCGCAUUUGCGACUGGAGGCCUACUUUCUGACGUGUUUUUACAUCUUGUCCCUCAUUCAUUCAUGGGAGAGCACCAAGAUCCCGGCGUGCACUUUGUGAUGGUGGAGGAAAAGAGGAAUAUCCUUAUUGGGCUAGGGAUUUUCGUUGGUUUUGCGACGUUUUUUAUUAUGGAGAAAACAUUGCGAGUUUUGGGAGGUGAAGACGAGUCAGGCGGCCAUUCUCACUCACAUUCGCAUUCGCACUCGCAUGCUGAACCCUCAAAAACUUCAGCGACCACCUCUGGCGCAUCCGUGUCCUCAUCAGCUGAUGGACUCCGAGAACGCGGCCCAAAAAAUACGGCCGCAGAUCAUAAAGUAGAUUCUGACGAGCCUCACAAUUCUGCAACAUCUCCGUCGAAGUUAUCGGCAUAUCUCAAUCUUUUUGGUGACUUUGUACACAAUAUCACGGAUGGUCUUGCUAUGGCGGCCUCCUUCUACUCGUCUCCACUUAUUGGCGCGACAACCACUCUGGCUUGUUUUGCGCACGAAAUUCCUCACGAAAUAGCCGAUUAUUCGAUUCUUGUGCGAAGUGGAUUCACUAAACGAGAGGCCAUGCAGUCACAGUUUUUGACUGCUAUCGGCGCAUUUGUUGGAACGUUUAUGGGAAUUGCGAUACACAACCUUUCCGCUUCCGACGUGGGCAAUCAAUCCCCAGACUUGGCAGCAGGGGUACAGCAAGCUGCCUCUGGCAUAUUGGGCACAACGGUGCAAUUCGCAGAUCUGGUCAUUCCCUUUGUGGCCGGAGGAUUCAUGUACAUUGGUGCUGUAGCUGUUCUACCAACACUGUUGGCCGAGAGCAAAAGUGGCGCACAAGCUUUGCGUGAGUUUGGUGCAAUGGCGUUUGGUGUCCUAUGCAUGUUUUUAGUCGCGUGGAACGAGUAGCCGAGUUUCCUACUUUACAUUGCGUGGAACUUGUACUUUACACUUGACACGGAAGCACGUCCAUUGCCAGAUGCGCUGAGCCUGGUGUUUGCUCCAGAACAACCGAUUUAUGCCCGCCUUCGGGUGCCCUAAUGAAGUCUGCGUGUGUCGUCCAUGGAUGGAAGUAGAUAAAUGAAGUGCUAUGCACACUAAAAUAGCUGUGAAUACGCGUGCACACGAUGUGACUUGUAGCUGACGUAUUUGAGGC